CUGUGUGUUAGACAGACUAAACGUCACAUUCCUGCAUUUUUUUCCUGUGUGUCAGGGACCAGUCUUUCCUUCUGGUCACAUUUCUCUCCGCAGUAAUACACCCAGCAAAGACAUGAGACUGGAACGAGGGAUUUAAAACCAGGAGGCAGUCCCGCACUCCAGAUCAAUCAGAAGCCCAGCAUUAGGGAAAAGGAAAUUGGAUCAGAAGUCCUGCAGAUGGGAGGAUGUUGUUUGUUUGCCAAGCUUUGCCACGCCCUGCCCCUCCCUCCCUCGCCCCCGAGCAGUCAGCCAUGGAGAACUCCUCUGUAGCCUCUGCCUCCUCUGAGGCUGGCAGCACGCGCUCCCAGGAGAUUGAGGAGCUGGAGCGUUUCAUCGACAGCUACGUCCUCGAGUACCAGGUCCAAGGGCUCCUGACCGAUAAGACAGAGGCAGAGGCAGACGGAGAGGGUGACAAGACCCAAUGCAGCGUCUCACAGUGGAAUGAAGACUGCAGUGACAGAAAAGAUGGAAGCUGGUCUUCUUCCAAAGGGAAGGGCUCCUCCAAACCAAACAAUCAGGACGAGUGGGAGCACAGUAGCAAUGACAGUACUGGUUCAAGACCCAGCUCUGGUUCAAGGCCUGGGUCUGGAUCUAGGUCUGGUAGCAGAGGACGAAACAACCAGUUCAGGACCACAGGGAAGAAUGGAAACAGAGAGAACUCCUUUGACAUCCUUGGAACAGACAUUUGGGCUGCCAAUACAUUUGAGUCUCAUGGUGGAGCAACAUGGGAUCUUCAGCCUGAGAAACUGGAUUUUACUCAGUUCCACAGGAAACCCAUCCGGGGAACACCAAAGCACCUCCCUCACAUUGACAGAGAAGGGAUGGUGAAAGGGAAGUUCGAGGAAGAUGAUGGCAUUAAUUUAAGUGACAUGGAGAAGUUCCUGCCAGUCUUGCCGAUCGCACAUACAGUAGAUGGUGAUUUGAUCAACAGUGACUCCAAGGAAUACAUCGCUAAAGAUCAGUUACAGAGUGACCAUGGAUGGAGUCAGUCCCAGAAAUUUCAAACCGGGAUCUACCAGCCUCUACCUAAUGAAGCUGAAAUUGCACAAACCAAAAAACUAUUCAGAAGGCGAAGGAAUGAUCGGCGACACGUUCAUCUCAGCCAAGAGAAGUUAACCGUGGUCCUUCCAGGCAGUGGGAAAAAGCCAAGCGACAGGAGACAACAGAGACCUCCAAGUGGAAACAAAGCCCAGCACUCUCAACAGCAGCAGCAGCAGCACCCACCACCACAACAACCACUACAGCAACAGCAACAACAGCUGCAGCACCAAGAUUAUCCACAGAGCAACACUAAACACAACCGGGAGCACUCCCGGCCAUACCAGGGACAGUCGUUGCACCCUUCAGGGAGACAGGGCUCCUCGCACCAUGGCUAUAGCCAGAACCGCCGCUGGCACCACAACCAGAGGCACCAGCCAGCGCCCGGUGGUGGUGGUAGUGAAAAGGACACCCCCAACAGAAACACCAAAGACACUGAGAAUGUGAGGACAGAGGAGCCCCCCUCGGCUGGCCUGUGGACUAAGCCGGAAACCGAGCUGGACAACAGCCAACUAGAGGGGCCUGCCCCGGCAAACUCAGAGGUGAAACGCAAGGACAGCCUUACAGACGGACACAAAGUCAACUUGCUUCAGUCUUCCAAAGAAAGGCUGAGAAGAAGGCUAAAACAAAAGGAUGAAGUCUUGGUGGAGACCACCAACCCUCAGAAGAACCGCAUGGACAAGCUGAUUGAGAUCCUGAACAGCAUGCGGAACAACAGCAGUGGCGUGGACUCCAAGCUCACUACAUUCAUGGAGGAGGCCCAGAACUCAACCAACUCGGAGGAAAUGCUGUCCGAGAUCGUCAAGACCAUCUACCAAAAGGCUGCCACGGACCGCAGCUUUGCUUCUACCGCCGCCAAACUCUGCGACAAGAUGGCCCUGUUCAUGGUGGAGGGGACCAAGUUCAGGAGUCUGCUGCUCAACAUGCUGCAGAGGGACUUCACACAGCGGGAGGGGCUGCAGCAGUCGGACGUGGAGCGCUGGCUCGGCUUCAUUACCUUCCUCUGCGAGGUGUUCGGCACCAUGAGGAGCAGCUCUGGGGAGCCCUUCAGAGUCCUUGUGUGUCCCAUCUAUACCUGUCUCAGGGAGUUGUUAGAAUCGCAGGAGGUCAAAGAAGAUGCUGUCCUGUGCUGUUCAAUGGAGCUGCAAAGCACCGGCAAACUGCUGGAGGAGCAGCUGCCCGAGAUGAUGAUGGAGCUGCUAGCGGCAGCGCGCGACAAGAUGCUCUGCCCGUCGGAGUCGCAGCUGACACGCUCCCUACUGAUGGAGGUCAUCGAGCUGCACGCCCAUCAAUGGAACCCGCUGGAGGCCCUCACCACCCAGUACUACAACCGGACCAUCCAGAAACUCACCACCUGAACAGAGUGCAGGGAGGGGAACCGGGGAGGGCCGGAGGGGGGGUAGGAGGUGGAUGAAACGGAAAAGACUGGCCGUGCCGACAAGGAGGUGGUGAACUGUCAUAUAAUAUUAAUAAAGAAACAUAACAUAACGAAAAAAGAUAACUGCGGAGAGACAUCCCAGCAUGCCAUCGGGAAAUCAUUCAGCAAAAGAGAUUGUGGGCUGGAGGUGGGGGAGGUGGGGGGUUGUCCCUUCUUCUCUCUUUUGUGUUUCAAUUCGUGUGCCAUCUUCCUUCUGCACAACCCCCCCAGGGUUUUGUAUCAUAGUAGCUACAUUCACAGACUUCAAGCCAAGAUGCUUUCUAAAAGGAUGGGGGCAGAGAAUAGACUAAAAAGAGGGCUAAAGCCAGGCUUGGUAUUGUUCCUGUGCCAUUGUGUGCAGACCACAGUGGCCGACGGGCAGGAGACAACAAGCAGCAGAUGUCUCGGGGAAGGACAAUAGAAGGCACGUUCCAAGCCAGACCUUCGAAUUGAAUAUUGAAAAAAUGAGAGAGAGACACAGAAUGAGACAGAUAAACAAUCCACUUUUAACAAGCAGCGCUUGUUCAUUCAGUUGUUCUUGUUUAUUAUUAAUUGUUCUUUGAAAUCCUGUUUUAAAAAUGAUUUGAAAUUCUAGUAUAGACCUAUUGCACAGGUUUAAUUUAUUUUGCACUGUUUUAAGGCAAACGCUUACAAAAAAGAAAAGAAAAAAUAAAGACCGGUCAAAUGGAAUAGUGUUAAGAGGUUACAAAUAAUUGAAGUAAAGUUUUAUUGUAGGGGAAGGGGACAUUUGACGACAAGGGGUGUGUGGGAAGAUUUUAACCAUUUGGGAGCUCAGAAACCACAGCAGUUUAGAGUUUAGUGUCAUUGUUUUAAACCGAAUGUUUUGGGGUGACUUUAAAGCUUACAGAUGGCAAGUGCUACAGAUAGCUGGAGAAAAUGUCUUUUCUCCCUGCAACUGGCAACCACCAAAAAAAUAACGAAAGAAACUACUGAAGGAGUGGGGUGUAAUUUUAACCAUUUUGCAAAGGACGUCUGUGAAAUUCUUUACAUAUAUCUCAGACUUGUCUUUUUUUUUUUUUUAAUGUGGUUUUUGCAGCUCAUAAAAAUAUGUUACCGUUAUAGUAUUUUCACUUACUGGCUUACUGCUGAGAUGUAGACAAGCCAAGCUAAGUGGUUGCAUAUCUUAUCUUAAAUAUCUUUAUCUUAUAUAUAUAUAUAUAUAUAUAUAUAUAUAUAUAUAUAUAUAUAGUAUAUUCCUAGUAUAUAGUAUAGAAUUAUAAUAUUGGGAGACUUCAAUAUCUAGGACUCACACUUCAAAGAGCAGUGGUUGAAAAAAUAUGUUUGUGUGUAGGUUUUCACCAACCCUACAAGUGUUUUAAAUUGGGCAAUUCCCUUUUUCAGACUGAGCAUUCGCUGCCAUUCAGUGAACUCGGGAAGACAAGCUUAAAUUUGUGCUGUUGGGCAGUUAGUCACCUUGCACCCUGUUUCUGCAUGAAAAUAGUCUUCUAUCUCUGUGCAGGGUCAUGAAAUCCAUCUCUACACAUGAUCAUGGGUUUCUUUGUUGUAAUUUUCUUCUUUAAUGUAGUGAUCACCCUGUUUUUUUUGUUGUUUCUAUUUGGACGUCCUGGCAGACAUGCUUGUUUUGAAUGGCACAAACUGUUCACUUAAAUGUUCGAAGCUAAAGACAUCAAGUGCUCCAUUCCUACAAUCUCUGUUCCAGUCACAGCUCGGGUGAUCGCUAAACAAAAUGUGCUUCAUCAAAGUCAUCGGAACCCUUUUCAAUUGCCCCAAAUGCUUUUCUUUAUUUUUAAUUUUUUUAUUUAUUUUUUGUACUAUGUUUCUAUUUAGCAUCACAAUAUUUUGCCAGGUUAAAAAUAUAGUUUCUCUUGUGAUAACAUGUGAAAUGAAAUUGUACAUGCCCCAUCAGCUGCCACGAGACUCUCUAUUGAUCAAUUCAGCAUAACUUAUUAAACAUCAAUGAAAAAUGAAAGAAGGGACGCUGUGGUCUUAUU